UCAUGCCGAUCGCCAACGUGAUCCGCAUCAUGCGCAGGGUGCUGCCGGCCCACGCCAAGAUCGCGGACGACGCCAAGGAGAUGAUCCAGGAGUGCGUCUCCGAGUACAUCAGCUUCAUCACCAGCGAGGCCAACGAGCGGUGCCAGCGAGAGCAGCGCAAGACCGUCACCGCCGAGGACGUGCUGUGGGCCAUGAACAAGCUCGGCUUCGAUGACUACAUCGAGCCCCUCACGCUGUUCCUCCACCGCUACCGCGAGCUGGAGGGCGACCACCGCGGCUCCGUCCGGGGGGAGGCCCUCCAACUCAUCAAACACCGAGCCAUUCCCACCGCCGUCCCUGAUAUACCUACGGCUGCCUCCCAGUUCUUCACCACCGCCCCGGUGCCACCGCCGAACUUCGCCAUGCCACCGCCAGCUACCGCCGCCCCGCAGCAUCACAACCUCUUAAGUGAAAGCAUGGUCAGCUACUUCCUCGGCAUGUAUGGGAGUGGGGAAGGAUCCAGUGCAAGUGGAAGCUACUCCCAUGUCAACGGGAUGCCCAACUUUGACCAUCCUUAUCCUCCCUACAAAUAACGAAGCACCAACAAGGAUAACUAAGCAAUAUAUAAUAUGUAGUGCAAUAACGUGUGUGUUGUAAGGGGGAGAGGUAUGCUCUUUUGGACUCACUCGAUAACCAAAUUGUCGCAGAGAGCAGAGGUGGAUUAGGUUAACGAGUAAAGUCGAUGGAAUGUGGUAAGGAGUGGCGAUACUUGUGGGAUUAAUGGGGA